GCGGUAAAAGCUGUGCCGGAGCUCAGGUGUGUUAAGCGAGCUGCUGAGGGGUUUACUCCAUCUUUCCGACGCAAGGCCCGCCCUCUCCGCACCAUUGGCUGCGCCCGGCAGCUCUCCAGCCUUUUGUACGCGGGGAGAUGCAGCUGUCAGCCCGCCCGGCUGCCGAUCCCGGCUCGCUCCCGGACUAGGAAUGGGCAGGAGGAAGUCGCCUGUUGCCCUCCUGGUGGCCCUGUGGCUCGGCCAGCUGGGCACGUGGGCAGCGGGGCGCCCCAAGGUGAACCCCAGGAUCAUCGCGGCUCCCCAAGGUGCCAAGGAAUAUGUGUUCCCACGGAGGGAGAGGUUCCCAGUGUUCUUCCACCAGGAAAACUCCUCCUCCAUCUACAUCGGGGGUGAGGGGAGGCUCUACUACUACGACUUUGCAACGCGUGAGAACUACACGGAAGAGUUCCCAGUGAGAAAUGAAGGCCAGUGCAUGUCCUCUGGGAAUUUGGAGGACAGCCGGAAUUACCUGACCCUGGUGGAGCAGUACGGGGACGGGCUCCUGGUGUGCGGGACUGGCGCCUGCGCUCCCACCUGCUGGAAUGUGACGCAGAGGAAGGAGAGCCAGCCCUGGGAUGGGAGAGGGAUCGCUCCCUUCACCCCUGACUCCAACACCCUUGUUGUUGUCGAUGGCCAGGACAUCUACUCCACCAUCAAGAAGAGCCAGCAGAACGGGAAGAUCCCUCGAUUCCGCCGCGUGAGGGGCGGGGGAGAGCUCUACACCAGCGACACCGUGAUGCAGAACCCUCAGUUUGUCAAGGCCACCACGCUGAGGCACGAGGAGCCUCACCAGGACAAGAUUUAUUACUUCUUCCGCGAGGACAACCCGGACAAGAGCCCCGAGGCGCCCCGGAACAUCUCGCGGGUGGCCCAGCUGUGUAAGGAGGACAGGGGAGGAACCAGCUCCCUCUCAGCCUCCAAGUGGACCACGUUCCUCAAGGCCACCCUGAUCUGCGUGGACCCCGUCACCAAGGGCAACUUCAACUGGCUCCAGGACGUCUUCUUUGUCCCUGCCAGUGACUGGCGGCACUCCAAGGUCUACGGGCUCUUCACCAACACCUGGGGGAGCUCUGCCGUCUGCGUCUACUCCUUCGGGGACAUCGACAACGUGUUCAGGACAUCGCGGCUCAAAGGCUACAACGGCCCCACCCCGGAGGUCAAACCCGGCCAGUGCGUCCCCUCGGGGCAGCACACGCCGAGCGAGACCUUCAAAAUCGCGGACAGCCACCCGGAGGUGGAGGAGCGGGUGGAGCCGCUGUCGCCGUCGCGGAGCCCCCUGUUCCACAACAAGCACCGCUACCAGAAAAUCGGCGUGCACGAGGUGCCCGCGGCCGACGGGCGCCGCUACAACGUCCUCUACCUGGCCACAGACAAGGGGUCCAUCCACAAGGUGGUGGAGCUGCCAGAUGGGGUGCAGAACAUCGUGGAGAUCCAGGUGUUCCCCAACAAGGAUCCCAUCCAGUCCAUGAUCCUGGACCACGCCAGGGCCGUGCUCUACGUGGGCUCCAGCAGCCGCGUCCUGGAGCUGCCCAUGGACAUGUGCGGGGCCUACCGCAACAACUGCCACAGCUGCGUGCUGGCCAGGGACCCCUACUGCGGCUGGGCCAACGGCUCCUGCCUCUCGCUGGCCCUCAGCAGGGACGUGCUCCAGAACCUGAACUUGGACUCGUGGCGAGGAAGCUGCCAGAGGGGCGACGUCAAGGAAGACGACUUCCGCAACAUCUCGGUGAUGCCGCUGUCCCGCUACUACCUCAACUGCUCCAUCGAGUCCCACUACGCCACCUACAACUGGUACCACGAGGACGUGCUCAUCAAGAGCUGCAACACCUCCCACCCCCAGCACGACUGCUUCCACUUCAUCCCCAGCGUGCGCCGCGAGCACUACGGCCACUACGUCUGUGUGUCCGAGGAGGACGGCUUCCGCCAGGCGCUGGUCAAGGAGCGCCUGCUGGACCGCCAGCGCUUCCUGUGGCAGCGGGGCCGUGCCCCGGCCGUGCUGGCCUCGUGGCUCCAGCUGCUGCUCGUGGUGGCCCUGGCCGAGCUCUUCCACUGACGCCGUCCCGCUCGCCCUUGCCCGCUGCAGCUCCGUGGACUUGGAGCCUUCCUGCCCGCCGGCCUCGCUGGCGGAGCCGCGGGAGGAGGGCGCGACACGCGGCGCGGCCAGCCAUGCAUGCGCUGAUGCUCAGGGCGCGGCCGCUCCUUGCAUGUGAUGAAGAUGAAGAUGAGGAGGAGGAGCCGCCCUCCGCCUCCUCCGGACUGUGGGAUGCCCGCUGCCUCCCGAGGUUUUGGGGGGUGAUGUUGGGGUUGGCAGCGGCUGGGACACCCCCGGCGAGUCCCCUCCUGCUUGAGGGGGGCUGGGGUCGUUGUUUUUUUCUUUGGUGUGGGAGGGAGGUCGGGAAUCGGCGGCGCCGCCGCGUUGGGAAUUUGCAUGGAAAAGCCUCGGAAGGUGACUGGAUUUGGGGUGUGGGGACGGGAAGGGGAGGUGGGAGCAGAGCCCGGAGCGGAGCGGGAGGCGCUGGGAAGACGCUGGAGACGCACAAAUGCUCUGCAGGCAGCUGAGGGGCAGCGCAGCGGGGCCGUGCCCGCUCCCACCCUGGCCCGGGCGUCCUCAGGGAAAGCGGCCGCGGAUCUCAGGGCACCGGGGGGCUGCGCCUGUCCCCGCCUCUGUCCCUGUCCCUGUCCCCGGGGGCAGGCCCGGCUCCGCUUCCCCCGCGCUCUCGGAGGUCUCGGAGCGAGACUAAACUGUGAAAAUCGGGAUUUUCCCCCUGCAAAGGGGGGUCCCGCUCCUUGUCCCAACCUCGCCCAGCCCGGAGCGGCCCUGCCCUGGGCGGGGACACCCAGGGGACACCCUGGCCGUGCUUCCAAUGCCUGUCCCGGCUCCUGCUCACUCAGGAGAGCCCGAGGGGCCGCGGGGCCACGUCCAGAGCCCGCGGGCAGCGGGCCAGAGCUUCCUAGUGCACUACAUGCCCGAGAUGUUCCCCAUCCCCAGUCCAGGACAGAGCUUCUCACAGCCCUUCUCAAAGCACUUUAACUUUGUGGACUAACAGAUAUUUAUUAUAUCGACUGCUCGUUUCUGUCUUGUAGGAUUUUAUAAUAUUACAGCAGGUGGGGGCGGAUCACAGGAGAGGAAAAUUUUAAAAAAUCCACCACAACAGCUACCAAAAAAACCCCCCCAACCCUUUCAGACCUGUAACCAAAGCGGAUGGUUGGAAUAAAGAGUGGAAAAAAGCA